UUGGUGUUGUUUAACAUUGUUGAGUGCAGCGAUGACGGAAGGAAGGAGGAAAUAUGUUUGCUUUGUUUGCAGUUUCAGGAGCUGGCGUUGAACCUCGGCAGGUGGUUCGCGAGCUCCGCCGAUGAUGCAGGAGUUGUAAGGGGGACUGGCGAACAUUCACACUUCAACUCAACUCUCAUGUAACAACAGCUACCGAAGAUAGGGAGAAAUUGUUCUCACUCGAAAAUGGGCACUGAGAGGUCGCUCGCAACUCUGCUUCGGUCGCUCCAGACGGUGUCUGAGCAUCAGGAUGCUUACGGCCUCCUACCAUCAUCGACGGGGCUUCUCUCGUUACUCUCCAAUCCUCGGAACGUCACACUACUAUCGUCACAGCUCCUGCACUCCCCAGCUCUAUGGAGCGGUGAAUUCGACCUGGAAACCUGCCGGCGCAUUCUCAGCGUCUUCAAUACUGCCGCGAUCAGCGUCGUGCACAAUGAAUCACAACAACAAGGGCCUCCGUCGCUAAAUAUACAAAGGAGAGGUCUCGAGCGGGAGGAAUGGGUGAAGGCUGUGGUUCAGGGCGCAGAUGACAAGUCCCCGCGAUGGAGACAUAGCAUUUUGCUGGGAGGCAUACUCUUAGGCAUGGAGGGCCAGGACCGACAGAGUUUGCCCUCAAAUCUGAGAAAGAAAUUGGAAUCCGGCCUAGUGACGGCGUUUCAGCUUUCGUUGAGCGAGCUCGAUUCAUACCCAAGAGUUGCGCGGGAUUGUAUAGCAUUGGUGCUGAACUAUACGUUCGAGCUGCUGGCGGAUCCGGAGAGAAAACGGCUAGAUUAUAACAUCCUCCUUCCUCUCCUCGUGGAUACUGUCUUUUUCUCUCCGGCAGGGUUUGAAUCAGGGUACUUCCUUGGUGCUAUUGAUCGGGACAUUCGCGAGACCCCUUCGAAGAAAUUCGAGUGGCCGGCUCAAUCACCAACUUGCCUACACAUCCGCGCAAUCACGGCAAAACCGCUUAUCUCUUCAUUGGGUCCUUUAUCGCGAUUAAUCGCGCAUGCCAUUGGCAACUGUCAAGUGCAAAGGCUAGUAGUGCAAGCGGUGGAUUCUCUCCUUGAAUUCACGAGGACAUUGAUGGUUCAGUGGCGGCAGAAUAAGCUAUCAGAAGUUGAUAUCUCUGAGGAGGCCGAGUUUCUAGAUGAGACGUCGCUCCAGACGACUAUUCCCAUUCUUUGGCGAUUACUGAAGACAUCCCUAUUUUCUAUUGUUAUUUUUCUGAGGGCUGUUCUAGGAAGGGUACUAAAUGAUCGCGUCCUCGCGGCUGAUAACUGCGCACCACUACUUGCUCGCAAAUCUCUACACAUACUUCGCAACCUCUGUUUCGUUUCGGGGCGAAUUGGGCAGAAUGCCUCUUCCCAGUAUGCCUUUGUGAACCUGACUGCAAUCGACAUCCUCUCGCAGUAUCCAGUUGCCUCCCAAGAAUUCUUAGAAAAUAUCCGUCCUGCAUCAGCCGGUCGUAUCCCAGAUUACCCUAUCGAUAGAUGUCUAGACCUGUUUUUCCUAAACACAGCUGAGCAUUUUGCUUUGGUACUAUCCCCAGCUGUCAACGAGGACCUACUAAUCGCUGCUGCACUUCCUUACCUUGCCGCAGGCGGCAACAACAACCUUCUGGAAAUAUUUGAGGCAGCGCACAGCGUCGUACUAUCCGUUCUCGCUGCACCCAAGAGUGCAGAUAUGGCCGCGAAGCAUCUCCCGUUUUAUGUCGAUACCCUUUCUACCGUCUUCCCCCAGAAUCUCUCCGCCCGCCAAUUCCGCCUAGCCUUCAAAACCGUGCUCCAAAUCACCGCGCCCCCAUCUCCCUUAGCAAACACCCAACCGCUCCUCCCCUCAAUCCUUCUCGAGCUCCUAUAUAACAGAGCCCUACACGCGCCCACCUGCCCGCUAACCCCGCCCGUGGCCUCCACCUCUGCCUCCGUCGACCUUAACGCUAUCAGCAACAGUACACCCCCCUUAUCCGAACAAGCCGUCCUAGCCAUGACCAUGAUCGACUGCCUAUGCUUCCUCCGCCUCGAGGCGCUGGAGGAAUGGCUGCCGCUCGUCGCGCAUCUGGUCAAUAUCAUCCCCGACAAGGCGAUGAGGCAGCAGUGUCAGGAGAGGUUUUGGGAUGCGCUGAGCAGUGGGGAGAUGGAUGUUGAUCGGGCGAAUUUUUGUGUUACAUGGUGGAGUACGAAGGGUGGGAGGGAGAUGGUGCUGUUUGGGUCUGAGGAGGAUUUGGAGAUUCCAUAUAUGAGUGGGGCGAUUGGGACGGUGGCGGAGCCGCAGAGUAAAUUGUGAUGGUUAAUGUCUCGGGAGGGGGGGUUGUGGGGUUACGUGUUUAUGUAGGAAUGGGUGUAUUUUAAGAAAUACCACUUCUACUUAUAUAUUUAUUUGAGUUAAUAUUCUGCCAAUCAAGUUAGAGACUGAUUUUAACCUCCUACUCUAAACCCUACAGCAGGAGAAAUGAAACAAAUCUGAAUCGAUACUGAUAUUACUCUGUAAACCUUGAAGUAGCGGGAUGGAAUAAUUAUAACAAAUAUAAGCAGAUAAACGAACACUUAGAAUAGACAGGCAAAGAGUCGAAUGAAAGGAAAAAAGAGAAAGAAAAAAUACGAAGAAGUUGCGAGAUCAACUUAAGAAAACAUCACCACCUUUCAACGCCCCUAACGCAUCCAUCCCCCUCGCUCAACUCCCCAUCCAAUCCAAGAACAUAUCCAAAAUCGUCCAUCCCCCCUUCUUACCCUCUGUUGUCCCAGGAAGCUUACAAGAUGUCCCCCUAUCAGCCUCCACCUUGUUCUCCUGCUGAUGAGAAACACCAUCGCCAACGCGUUUCUCACUCCUGUCAUCAUCACCACCAUCACCUCCAUCAUUCCCACCUCCAACCGCAUUCACUGCCCGACAAUAAUAUCUCUCACGCAAAGUAUCCAAAUGAUUCUUCCGCAGCGGAUCAGGAUAACCCCCAUUAUCGCCGACAUCAAAUAGACUCCAUGGCCAGUCCUGGCCUCCUCCAUCUCCACUUCCUUCAGCCGUCACGAUCUCCUCCCCUUCCCCAUCGUCAUCCUCACCAUUGACAGUCCCAAGGCCCCUAGGGGGCCCGAAGAAGAGCCUGACGUCAGAUAGCAUGGUCCAGUGGUCGGAGCAAGGGUGCGGGUCGACAACAUCUGGAUGCAUCUUGUAUGACGGGCAGGUGGAGAAUAUAUCCGGGUUGAAGGCUUUGGAGCAGAUGGUGAUGAAGCGGGGGAUCAUGCGGAGGUUUAUGUCGCUGCCGCAGCUACUGCGGCAGAUGCACCGACAGGUGUUCGUGUUGUUAGUGGAGGGGGUGGUUUUCGUGGUGGUGAUGGCGGUCGUGAUGGGCAUGCCAUUUCUGAUGCUGCUGGCGCUGCUGGUGGUGUCUGUGAUUGUACGAACAUGGUUUUGGACCUUGUAUGAGCGGCAGACGCGCAGUUGGUGAGAUUUGCAGCCGCAAGGUUGGUGAAGAUGCGCGCGGACUUGGCACAUCUGCUUGUUUCAACGAGUGGGUAUCUCGAUAUAUCGAAGCUGGAGGAUGAGAUUUUUCAAGCACUGAUUUCCAUAUAAUGAGUGACAGUUGUUCUUCCCUUGCGCGGGCUAUUUAUUAUGGUGAAGUUCAAGAAAACUAUACAGAGAUUGAAUAUUGAUAAUUUAGGGUGUUGCUGGAAACGGAGCAUGAAAGCCAAAACACGAAAAUGCAGCGGGUAUAAGUAGCGUAUAUCAUUGCCUUCAGGGGGGGGAAGUGGUAAGAAGACUUCAUGUGUCUUGGGGAAGAUUUCUGGUUUUUAUAUAGUCUUCAGAGCUGGCAAGAUGGUAUCUCUAGAUUCACUUGUUGUGACCCAACAGGAUCAGUGAAAGCAAACAGAUAAGCAGGAGAGGGGGAAGGCCAAUGCUGAAAUGCCUAUGAAAGUGGUUAAAUUGUGCCAUCAUCAUGCAGUUUUUGUUAUUUUUGAAUAUCAGGUAGUAAUCUCCACAGAUCAUUUUACGAAGCAAGGCGAUAAAGGGUAGGUAGUCGCAAUAGUAGCAAAAGGAUUCAUUGGUAAACUGGGCGCAUGGAGCAUGCUUGGAGUUAGGAUAUCAAUGUUCCUCUGAAAAUGUUAAAUCAGGUGCAACCGUUGUAGUCACUGGCGUAGCUGUCAUGUUGCCCUCAGGAAAUAAAGGGGAUUCCAACCCGC